AUGACGUCACUCGUUGUCGCGCACCGUUAGGUUUACAUCUAAAGUAGUUUUGUAGAUCCAGAUCUGUAGUUUGUUAGCUGGGCUAUCAAGAAUUUGUAAUGGGUAAACCGGGGGGUAUGUAGGUCGAAUAGUUGAUUAUAUUUAACCCUUUUGGGAGAGUUAAUCACCCAGUUCAAAUUAUUACCAUCCAAUGCUACAGAAAUAACAUCAAGACUCCCAGAACUCGGCAUAAGCCGACACAAAUAAAGAAGCAGUUUGCAUAAACACAGCCACAGCAAACACACACCAAAAGAGCAGUAGCCAGAGACUUAUGAGCUUCCUUUUGUACUAAUUUGAAACAAAAAUGGUGUAUGAGUACACAAAACCAAGAUGUCCAAUUGCUGCUAUGUAUUCUUCUCCUGGACCUGCUUAUGGUCUUCCACCCUUGGUAGGAGAAAAAUGCCAUGAUCCUAGAAGUGUGCAUUACAAGUACCCAGCAUUCUCUUUUGGUGUGAGGCAUGGAAAAUUCAAAGACAGUUCUGGCCCAGGACCAUGCUAUUAUCCCAACCCAAAAGUUUAUAGAGAUGGGCAUGAUGGAACUCCGCAUUAUUCAUUGUAUGCUAGACAAAAUGAUACAGCAUCAUUUAAAACACCUGGACCAGGCGCAUAUAGCCCUGAACAAGCAGGUGAAUCAGCUCAUCCUCGCCCACCUGCAUACAGCUUUGGUACCAGGUACCGUCAUCGUCUUGGUGAUAACAUGCCAGCUGCCAACAGCUACACUCUACCCAGCAUGAUUGGACCCACAGUACAGAGUGGUAAGAGACAAGCUCCAUGCUACAGCAUACGAGGUCCAGCUAACAAUGGAGCUUUUGCAGGGGAUUGUGUUAAAGCACCAGGACCUGGUGCAUAUAACCCAACUGAUCCAAGUGUGUAUAAAGAUAGAGCACCUCUGUAUAGCAUGACAGGACGCAACUUGAUGUCUGGUGAUGUCACUCAGAAACCAGGCCCAGGAGCUCAUAAGCCAGAUGCUAACGUUGUGAAAACACAGAACCCAUGCUUCAGCUUUGGAAUCAAGCAUUCUCCUUAUCUAACAGGCCUUGUAGUGGAUAUUCCAAGCAUUGAAUGUGCAUUAAAAGAUUGAUAUUUAAGUUGGCAGUCAUCAAUGAUAUUUAGGAGUGAUAAUAAAUUGUCAAGGUGCUGAAAAAUGUGUUAUGUAGAGAUAAUACCAUCAUAUCUCCUGGGUGAUUGAUUAAUUACAAGAAACCAAAUGUAAAUAUUAAAGACUUUCCAUCAAGUCUUUUUAAACUGGUGAUUUAAAUAUGAAAAUAAAAAAGCUAAUAUAGAAUAUAUUUACUUAAAUGUUGAAAGUCACCUCUUGUCAUCAAUAAAUAAAAAUAAUUGAAUAACGAAAUUGAUAUUCUUUUAUAAUAAAGCUAUGAAACUUUAAA